CGGUCAAUCGGCCUUUAUCAGUUAGCCGUCAGCCUUUUUCGGUUUGUGUGUGGUGCUGUUGUGUGGUCCGUUAGAUAAAGGCAAAGACCCGUGACUAUUCUCUGGACACGCGCUCUUUUAUUUCAAUCGUUUGUGCCACAAAUUUUUGGUGCACCUUAAUUAUUAUCAUGUCGAACGAAGAGUAUAAAGGCUACCGAUCUGCCCUCUCCACCAGAUAUGCAUCUAAAGAGAUGCAGUUUAAUUUUAGUGAUUUUAAAAAGUUCACCACGUGGCGUCGGCUGUGGGUCUAUUUGGCUGAAGCUGAGAAGCAAGCUGGCUUGAAGAUCACGGACGCGCAAAUCGAGGAGUUGAAGAAGAACAUCGAGAACGUGGACUUCAAGGCUGCCGCUGAGGAGGAGAAAAAAACGCGCCACGACGUCAUGGCUCACGUCCACGUCCUGGCGCACCAGUGCCCGACCGCAGCCCCUAUCAUUCACCUGGGGGCUACCUCCUGCUAUGUCGGAGAUAACACGGAUUUAAUCAUUCUUCGCGAUGGAUUUGAUAUACUCUUACCAAAAUUAGCAACUUGUAUAAGCAAAAUGGCAAAAUUCGCUCACGAGUAUCGAAGUCUUCCGACUCUAGGAUACACCCAUCUGCAGCCUGCUCAGCUAACUACAGUUGGCAAGAGAGCUUGUCUUUGGCUUCAAGAUUUACUGAUGGACGAAAGAGCAAUAAGUCAAGCACGCAAUAAUUUGAGAUUCAGAGGAGUCAAAGGAACGACUGGCACGCAAGCUUCUUUCCUUGAGCUUUUUGAAGGCGAUCACAGCAAGGUAGAAUUAGUUGAUGAACUGGUCACCAAGAAAGCUGGUUUUCACUCGGCGUACAUAAUUUGCGGCCAAACGUACACGCGAAAGGUUGAUGCAGAAUGCAUUGCUGUGUUGAGUGGACUGGGAUCAACACUUCACAAGAUUUGCUCAGAUCUUCGUUUAUUGGCUAACAAGAAGGAAAUUGAGGAACCCUUUGAGAAGACUCAAAUUGGAUCCAGUGCAAUGGCCUACAAACGAAAUCCCAUGAGAAGCGAGAGGUGCUGUGCCAUUGCACGUUAUUUGAUGAAUCUUUCUGCAAACACUCUUCACACAGCAGCAGUACAGUGGAUGGAACGCACCCUUGAUGAUAGUGCCAUCAGACGUUUGACGCUUUCUGAAGCAUUCCUGAGUGCUGACUGCAUUCUCAUUACACUUCAAAACAUUUGUGAAGGCCUUGUUGUUUACGAUAAAGUCAUCAGAAGGCACAUAGAUGAGGAAUUACCUUUUAUGGCAACUGAAAAUAUCAUUAUGGCCAUGGUUAAAGCAGGUGCUGAUCGACAGGAUUGUCAUGAAAAGAUUCGAGUCCUAUCUCAAGAGGCUGCAGCUGAGGUUAAGUUGAAGGGCCUAAACAAUGAUCUCAUGGAUCGAAUUCGCAAUGACAAAUAUUUUGAUCCCGUUAAAAAUCAGCUGAAUAACCUCUUAGCACCGGACGCCUAUAUUGGAAGAGCACCCCAACAGGUUGAAAAGUUUAUCAACCAGGAAGUGAACCCUGUCCUGAAGAAAUACGAGGGCAAACUGGUUGAGUCUGCAGAGCUGAACUUGUAAUCCUUUAUGCAUUUAAGAAAAUAUUUCCUUAUUUAAAGCUUUCAAACUCAAAGUUUCUGCCAGUCAGAAGUGCACUUUCAAUUUAG